UCAGAGAGAAAGAGAGAGGAUAAAUUGUAGGAUAGAGAGAGAGGGAGAGAGCUAGAGAGGCCGUAAAUCAUCAUCCACCUCCAACGAGACGAGAGGUUUCCUACCCAGACUGCCCAUGUAAAUAGGAAGAUAAUCUGGAUUAACCGGAUCGUAAAUUUCUCGACUUUUAUGACUCUUGUUAUCUGUUACUUUGUCAUCACUUCUCUGUUAUGACAAAAACCUCAGACAGAGUUUUCUCCCUCAGUUUUGGAAAUCUUCCUGGCCUCUAGAUCGACGACCGUUGAUGACGAAUGUUUCCACGAAUGAUCCAAGUGCGUCCAGAUUGGCCGAAGAAAGGAUUUUCCAUCGAUAUCGUGACUUGUGAGUGAUCUUCCAGUACGUAAGAAAGUUAAGUCAAGUGAUGGAGUUUGAAGUUCUCGUACAAAUGACGAACAGGAUGAUGUCAACCAUAGCAGGUAAUAAUUGCUGAAUAGUAACCUCCCUGCAAACACAAAAUUGCCUACAAAUCGGAAUCUGGCCUAGAAUUUUGUUAUUACGAUGCAGCCCUCUAGAAGAGCGAAGCAGACCUCAUUACCUGGACCUCGUAGUUGUCGGACAGGCAAUCCCAAAUGGACACAUUUUGCAAAAAGGAACUGCUAUUAUUCUGGCACAUCUAUAGGAUCACCUACUUGUACAAGGAAACUAAUUGCACAUAUAUUGUCUCUGAAUUGGGUCAGAGGUAGUAUAGUAGGCAGUUUGUCACUGCAAAUUUCAGGGUAAUUUUUGUCACGCGUCACGUUCAAUGAAUGAUAUUUUUUUUUUUUUUUUUUUCACGCGUCACGUUCAAUGAAUGAUAUGCUAAACCCUACCCACGUACGAUACGAUCACGUGACAAUUCAUUCUUAUCGCUUCAAUGGCAAGCUUUUCAUGCAUGGCCAAGUUUUAUUGCUUUUCAUUUCGUACUUUCAAGGACCCGGUUCUUCAGCGAUUUGCUGUGCGCUAACUUUGGCUCGUCUUGUUCAUUUUUUAUGACUUCUUUGCAUAGGUCACUAUCUUCGCACACGCUUGGCUUAAAAUCAUUUGCAUGUCAUUAUUGAGUGUCUCCGAAGUUUAAUUAUGAGGGCGAGGGGCGAUGGAGUGCGUCCCAUUCCUCAUGAGACAAAAAAAAAAACAAAAAAAAAACAAAACAAAAAAACCGUGGCUCUACGAGUUAACGUGUGAUUUCGAAAACGUUUCAAGGAAAAGAGUUUAAUUUUGUCUAUUCUUCCUCUUCUUUUUUAUCUUUAGGAGGAAUUCGAGAGGACUAAUGGGAAGAAAGGGGGCGAUUUUAAAUGAGAGGAAUGGUUGUGGUAAAAACUUAAGAGAAGAAGAGUUAGUUCAGUUUGGUUCACAGUGUUGAGAUACUGGGCAUUUUUGACGAUAGAAGUGAGAGAAAUGUAUGGAUCCAUAAUUGAAUCAGUGAGAAUGGAAACGCACAAACUCGGACACCUAAAAAUGCCCAAAUGCCAUUAAAGGUGCAUAAAUUUCACGAAAGUCAUUGGAGAUGGCAUCUCUAUGUCAACCUGAAUCAUUAAAGUACGUGCUUGUCCUUUGGCACCGACAAGUUUUUUCCUUCGACCAACUUUUUUACUUCUCGUACAGGUUUUUGUGCCUCUUAAAUAUUUUAUUUUUUCGAGUUGGUGUGGUUUUAUUAUCAGUGAUUCGAUUACCAUCAAUUUUUAACUUGAUUGAAUGCGAUAUUUUGUGAGAGAGAAGGAAAGAAAGAGCUAGGUGAAGACGCUUAAGAAUCUGGAUGAAGUUAUUCGCAUUGCAUUCGGUCAUGCAACGUCUGUGACACUGAAACAACCCAGCAUCGCGAUGAAAGCUCCCAUUGCUCUCCCUCCUAACGACAUGGUACCAAUUGACAGCAGCAACCCUUCUGACCUAGGGGAAACCCCCGAUGAAGAACCUACCCUUCUUGGCAGAACCAUCACCUUCGACAACAACGUCUUCAACAACGGGCCAGACGAAGACGGACACACGAGCUUCCUGAGAAAUGUCAACGGUGUCACCAUGAGCUCCCCGGGUUCCACGCUGAGGGGCAAACGGAUUAUUCGCAACCCCACCGUUAACAUCGACCAUGGUUGGAGAGCGGUCAACAGCAAUCAGGUCAUCACUGGGGACGCCUAUCACGGCUUCAACGAUGACGAUGACGAGGAAGUGGUCAUGAAGGCCAAAGGACGAAGAUCAGUCAGCAAUAAAAAUAACGUUUAUAACAGGUAUGAUAACGGACAACACAUCGGUGCUAAUCCCCAGGGCAAGGGACGGAAGCCGCGUGGAGGGACCCCCAGGAGAGAGAGAUCACCGGGGAGACAAAAGAGCCUCCACCGCUGGUGAUCCUGCGAUUUCGGAUCAAAUCAGAGGUGGAUCCAGCAAUUUGGCAACGCCGGAUCCCCUCCGUCUAAACCUAUGUUAAAUAAUCGAUUCUUGUCAGAGCACCUGGCCCCACUAAGAAUCGGUACAUUUCCAUAGGUUUAAAUGGAGGAAAACAAUGUUGCCAAUUUGCGCUGGAUCCGCUAAUGGAUCAAAUAUAUGGAACCACGGAUACUGUGUCACGGUUAAGGAAUUCAUCAAUCACUCCCAAAACUGAGCAAAGAAAAUAUUUAAUUCAUUAGGUAAUCAAACAUUCAAAGAAGUUUUUCUUUAAAAGAUAUUCAAACAAUGAACAGAUACAUAAAAUAUAUUAACAAUAAAACAUUGUC